GAGGGAUGAGAUCCCUCCAGUUGCCCUUCACCUCUCUCCAACUUGCUCCUCAGAUGGCUGCCAACAGAACAACUCCUAAUCAGACCGGAAUUCAGAAGCCAGAGCAAGCCUCCAAAUGCAAAGAGAUGUGGAGUAACAGUUGGGCAGCAUCCGUCAAGAGGAAAAGGUAUGCAGAAGACUAUUAUUUGCAGGUUGUUGGAAAACUACAGAACUGCACAUGGAACAAGAGGCCACAAGAAUAUGCCAAGUUCAAGUCAGAGCUUGCCUCGUGCUGUGAUGCUGCUCACAACUUUAUCACUUCUCAAAACAACACCCCGCUGGGAAGCAACAUGAGCUAUGAGGUGGACAAUAAAAAAACCAUCCACAUCACAGAGGAAAUAUUCAGGAUGCUGCCUGAAUCUCAGCCUCUGGAGCACCCCUUCAAGAACUGUGCAGUGGUUGGAAAUGGAGGGAUCCUGAAGAACUCCAACUGUGGAGCAGAAAUUGAUCAAUCUGACUUUGUUUUCAGGUGUAACCUUCCCCCCACUGUGGGAAGCAUCAGACAAGAUGUUGGCAGUAAAACAAAUCUUGUGACCAUCAACCCAAGCAUUAUAUCCCAGAAAUAUAACAAGCUGAAUGAAAAGAAGGCCACCUUCCUGGAAAAUAUUGCAAGCUACGGAGACGCUUUCCUUUUGUUACCAGCUUUUUCCUUCAGGAGCAACACUGCUGCUUCUUUCAAAGUACAUCACACUCUGAAGGAGUUCAGUGCAAAACAGAAAGCCAUCUUUUUCUAUCCCCGAUACCUCAGAAGUCUUGCCCAGUUCUGGAGGACUAAGGGAGUCAAGGCCUAUCGGCUGUCUUCAGGCUUUAUGAUCACCAGUGCUGCUUUGGAACUGUGUGAGAAUGUAAAGCUUUACGGCUUCUGGCCUUUCUCCAAAAAUGUAGCAGGUUCUCCAAUCAGCCACCACUACUAUGAUAACCAACUACCCAAGCCUGGAUUCCAUGCAAUGCCCAAAGAGUAUAACCAGAUUCUUCAGCUGCAUGGAAGGGGUAUCCUCAAGUUGCAAUUUGGCAAAUGUCUACCUGACUAAUACAAGUGAUGAUUGCCAAGGAAAGCAUUGGUAUGCACCCAAUGCAGUUCAAUGUUGGAUUUGAUCAAAUGUCCACUUGUGAGCAUAAAACUGUG